AUGAGAACUGCGGAGGAACUUCGUAGAAGGAAAAAUUCAAAACAAGUUAUUUAUUUUAAUUUACUAUUGUUAGGACCACCAGGGAUUGGGAAACACACCUUUUUAGAAAAUUUGGUCAAUAAUAACGUUGAAUCUGAAGUAGUUCGGCUUAACUCAGAAAAUAACGGUCAUAUUGUCCCCCAUGGUCCCAUAUUUGAACGGUCUAUUGUUAAAAUUCGAAAUGAAUUAACGUCUUCAAUCCUUUUAAAUGUUACAUCUUGUGAUACCGUGAAUCAACUCAACAAUUCUUCCGCACCAAAACGGAUAAGAGAGCAUAUCGAAGCCCAAUACAAUUCGUUCCUGAAUGAUGAAUUCAAAGUAUUAAGAAAUCAAGAGUACAAUAGGACAUCAGAUAAAAGACUUCACGCUUGCAUUUUUUUUAUCGAUGGUAAUGCAAAAGAGUUACAGAUGCUUGAAAUUGAUAUACUAAGUGAAAUUUCGUCCUUAAUCAAUAUUAUAUUAGUUAUUGGUAAAGCUGACAGAUUUAAUGACGAAGAGGUAGAUAUCAUAAAGAAAAGAGUAAACGUUGAUAUAAAAAAUAAUAAUAUUAAAGUCUUUGAUUUUAAUGACGAUUUUUUAGAUGACAUAUUUGAAGAAAGUGAACAUAAGUUAAUAAAGGACUUUCAACCCUUCGCUGUUAUACUUGGAAAUAAGUUGUCAGAAGAUUCCAAUGAGUUAUAUAGGGAUAACAUAUGUUCUAAAAUUAUGGUGGAUGACAUAAGGUCAUCAAAUUUUUCAUUUCUUAAAGGAAUAAUCUUAGGAUCACAUAUUCAAGAACUUCAGUCCUCGACCAAUAAUUAUAUUUAUGAAAAAUUUAGAACGAGAAGGUUAAUAGAAAAACAAAAUGAAAUUAACAUAAAGAAAGACGUUAAAGAAGGGGAUAGCAUUGAGCCAACCAAGGAAUUUAGCUCCUCACCUGCCUUAUUUAGGGUUAACCCUUCGCCAACUGAUAUUGUUUUAACCCCAGAUUGUGAGGUUGUUGUGGGGAAAGAACUUAAUGAAAAAAAUAGAAUAAUUGAGGCUUACCAAAAGAAAAUAGAUGAUCUUGAGAAAAUACUUCAAAACUCUAAUGAUUCUUCACCUACUACAAAAGUAACUCUGUGUGAUCUUGAGAGAGCUAUUUAA